AUGUGGGGAAGUUAUAAUUCAGUUAGCUUGUGGAAUGUAGGUGGCUCUUCCCAGGUUCCAUUGGAGUUCUGUGUUGAAGAUGGCUUUUCAUUAUCAGAGACAGAAAGUUAUGAUGACUCAGUGCAUGACCCUGAUUACUGUUCUGAAACAUCUACUACAGACUCUGAAGAGGAUCUGUAUCAAGACCAAAAAAGAAAAGUUGGCACUGAAACUCUGUUAACAUGUUCAGAAUUUAUUGACGACAGUCAGGAUUCAGACACAUCUGAGAUCAUUGAGACUUUUCCACAGCUGACUUUAAAAAGAAAAGGCCCAACAAGGGUGAAAAAGAAUGAGAGGCAAAUUAUUCAGGAGGACAGUAUCACAUCUUCGGAUAAUUUGAAUGACAGAUCCAGUGGUGUGAAGGUGCAGCCAGUCAAUAACUUUAAUGGGAAAAGAAAAUGGGAUAAGGUACAUUACUGUCUUUAUUGUAAUAAUUAUAGUUCCACAAACAUAAGAAAACAUUAUUUUGGCCCACACAAAGAAGAAACAGAAGUGCAAAAGGUGUUACAUUGUGCUGUGGGAUCUAAGGAGAGAAAGGACAGACUAGAAAAAUUGAGAAAUGCUGGUGACUAUAAGCAUAAUACUGAGGUUUUAAGAACUGGUAAAGGUGUUAUAAUCACGUGGGCAAGAAAUUCUGAACAAACAUCAGCAGAAGAUUAUCUUCCCUGUGAAUACUGCUUGGGUUUUUUCCUAAGAUCCAGUUUAUGGAGACACCAACAAACAUGUAACUUUAAUGAAGGUAAAAAAAAAAGACGAAAGAUUCAGUCAGAGGCUAGGCUUUUACUUCCUUCCUCCAUUGAAGCUUCUAAGGGUCUAAAAGAGAAUGUUAUUAGUCGGAUGGCUGGUGAUGAAAUUACAAUUGUGGUCAGAAAUGACCCUCUUAUUAUAAAAUUAGGAGAAAAAUUAUACCAAAGACAUGGUAGUCAGAGACAUCUCUUUGCUCACAUAAGUCAAAAAAUGAGAGAGUUAGGAAGAUUUCUGAUAAGUGCUAGAAGGAAUGAUGCUGAUGUGAUACAUUUAUGUGACAUUAUUGAUCCAAGGAAAUUUCCAUUGGCAGUGAAAGCCACUCAGUAUUUAUGUAAAUUCAAUGAAGAAACAAAUAAAUAUUUGAAUCCAUCCCUAGCAUUGAAGAUUGGCCAUCUUCUCAAAAAGUGUGCUAAGAUACAGAGAACAGAGGCACUCAUUCAAGGAGAUCUCCUGCUGAAGGAAAAAGCUGUGAACUUUCUGACGAUUUGUGAAGGGGAAUGGACAAAUGAAAUUUCUUCAUGUGCCCUGCAAACUUUAACAGACAACAAAAGGAACAAAGGAAAGAUGUUGCCUCUUUCCGAAGAUCUUUCAAAGCUAGUUUCUUUCCUGCAGAAAAAUUCAAAUUUGUUGGCAGAAUCUUUAGGCAAGACAUUUUCAAAAUCUAACUGGGAGUUACUCAAUCAAGUUACAUU